UCUGCCUGAUUUGACGCAGCCAGGAACUUUAAUGGCUAACUACCAAGCUAACUAAUGUAGCAGGUUAAAGCAUUUGUUUAUGAAGCUAAGGGUUAAAGAAAAAAUUAAACUAAUAUUCCAAACGAUAUUCGAAUCAAGCUUACGUUAAGGUUAAGCAUGGCAAUGACUAGCCCCAGCUCGUGCUCCUCCAUGAGUAACCACACAAAGGAGCGCGUCACUAUGGCCAAGGUGACCCUGGAGAACUUCUACAGUAACCUCAUCGCCCAGCACGAGGAGCGGGAGAUGAGGCAGCAGAAGCUGGAGAAAGUGAUGGAUCAGGAAGGCUUGGCAGAUGAAGAGAAACGCAUCCGGCGCUCUCAGCAUGCGAGGAAAGAGACAGAGUUCUUGCGGCUGAAACGCACUCGACUGGGGCUAGAGGACUUUGAGUCCCUGAAGGUGAUUGGCCGAGGAGCUUUUGGAGAGGUUCGUCUGGUGCAGAAGAAAGACACCGGUCAUGUUUAUGCAAUGAAGAUCCUCCGGAAAGCAGACAUGCUGGAGAAGGAACAGGUUGGUCAUAUUCGGGCUGAGAGGGACAUUCUGGUGGAGGCAGACAGCCUGUGGGUGGUCAAGAUGUUCUACAGCUUCCAGGAUAAGAUGAACCUCUACCUCAUCAUGGAGUUCCUGCCUGGAGGAGACAUGAUGACCCUGCUGAUGAAGAAGGACACUCUGACGGAAGAGGCAACUCAGUUCUACAUCGCCGAGACGGUGCUGGCCAUCGACUCCAUCCACCAGCUGGGCUUCAUCCACAGAGACAUCAAGCCAGACAACCUGCUGCUGGACUCCAGGGGUCACGUGAAGCUGUCAGACUUUGGGCUGUGCACCGGGCUGAAGAGAGCACACCGCACAGAGUUCUACAAGAACCUGAACCACAGCCUGCCCAGUGACCUCAGUAAACAAACCUUCCAGAACAUGAACUCCAAGAGGAAAGCAGAGACGUGGAAGAGGAACAGGAGGCAACUGGCUUUCUCCACAGUGGGGACCCCCGACUACAUCGCUCCAGAGGUCUUCAUGCAGAAUGGAUACAACAAGCUCUGUGAUUGGUGGAGCCUGGGGGUCAUCAUGUAUGAGAUGCUGAUAGGUUACCCCCCCUUCUGCUCAGAGACGCCUCAGGAGACCUACAGGAAAGUGAUGAACUGGAGAGAGACGCUAACUUUCCCUCCAGAAGUGCCUAUAUCGGAGAAGGCCAAAGAUCUGAUCCUCAGGUUCUGCUGUGAGGAGGAGCACAGGAUCGGUGCUGUGGGGGUGGAAGACAUCAAGUCCAACCCCUUCUUUGAGGGGGUAGACUACGACCAUAUCAGAGAGAGACCUGCUGCCAUCCCCAUUGAGAUCAAAAGCAUCGACGACACCUCCAACUUUGAUGAGUUCCCUGAUUCAGAUAUCCUCACACCAACAGUCGCUCCGGUGUCCAACCAGACGGAGGCCGACCUGAAGAACAAGGACUGGGUCUUCAUCAACUACACCUACAAACGCUUCGAAGGCCUGACCGCCCGAGGAGCCAUCCCGUCCUACAUGAAGUCAGGGAAGAGAUGAACGCCUCUAGCAGGCUUCAGACCCACACCACCAAGAAACACCUGAAAGAGUCGCCCCCCCUCUUCUGUGAGAGGAGCUUCAGGAGGGAGAACUCUCUGUUUUCUGUUACCUGACUGAGGAGUCCCAGCACUCUGCGAAUAAUAAAGGGGCUCCGUUUCACCCGCUGCUUCGCAGGAGCCGCCGCCUUCCUUUCCGCAGGUCUUCCCUUUCUCCGAUGCUUCCGAGGGUACCUUUCCGCUUCCUACUCACGCGUGAAGACUGAACUGCCGUUACAGCGAUUCUCUCCACCAGUGGAUGCAGUGGAGGUUCUCCCUGCUGUCACCAGCAUCCAUCACAUUCCCUCUAUAAACCAGCAGUCGGACCUACCAAGGGCUCCCACACCAGGACUCCCUCCCCCCUUGGCCCUCUUUCUGUUGACUCGUCGCCACUUGAAGUGAAUCAGGUGCUCUUCAGGGAUCCUGUCCAAAUGUUUAUGAGGCUUCUCUAAAGUGCUGCUGGCUUCUCACCUAACCAAAGACUGAGCUGAAUGAUGUGUCUGCUUCAUCUCUCUUAUCACCUCACUUCUUCUUAGAAAUGUAUUUUAUUUUUUCGGUGCAUAUUUUGCUCAUUGAAUAAGUGAAUAUAUGAGUGAUGCAUUUUUUGUGGAGCAAACACAAGAGUCUUGUUACAUUUUCACCGCUUAUGUUGAAUACCUUUAGCACCUUACGUGAUGUUUGAUCCGACUCCAGUGCUUUAAUCAACCUGCAGAUCAUUAAUGUGUGUGUUGAUGAGACAUGAGUUUGACAGGGGAGUGAUGUCACCGUUUUACUGUUGAUCUGUGAUGAACAUGAUGCAAAGUCUCACCACCUCCGUCAUCAUGAAACAGUGCAUCGCACGCAAACUGAAACUAAUGCAAUUCUUGUCGACUUAGCAGCUGUGUGACUCUCUAAUAGAAUACAGAAUGAUGCCGAGUCACUGCAGCCUGCCAGGGACUUUUCAAAUAGAAGCACAGGGCUAAACAUCUUCCAGUGAACACAAUAUCCAAAAUGCUGUCAUUUAAAAAUGAAUGUAAAUGAAGUUUUUAUGGACAAAAGUAUGUUUUUUUUGCCACAGUAAUUCCACGAUGCUGUUUGUGUGGAUGUAGCCUGGACCAUACAAAAUAAUUCUCUUUGUAUAAGUUUCCUGGCACAUGAAGUAGAAAAUAUGGAAGUCCAUUACCACCAAGAAAUAAGAUGUUAACAAAAAACACUUUGAAAAAAACAGAUCGUUCGCCAGGAUGAAACUUUUACUUUUGACCUUAAAAAAAAUUGUAGUUUUCGAUUCAGUCAAGAUUAGGACAUGCCUUUUUAUUAAUUAAGUUAAAAUAGGGACUUAUAGCUAAGUAAAACUUGAAAUUGUUAUUUUAAUCUUAAUCUUGACUUGAUUUAUGAAGUCAAAUUGUAUGUACACUGAAAAAAUGUAAUGUAUUAUUUCAACAGAUUUAACAUCACUGUAUGAAGUUAAAUGAAAGCAAUAAUAUUCAACCUAAUAUAUUUUUAUUCAAACUUCAUAGUAUUGCUUUCAACUAACCUAACAAAGUUAUGUGUAAUCUGUUGAAAUAAUACAUUUAAUUAAAGUCAACGUUUCCAUGUAGCAUGUAAUAACUUUGACUAUAGUACGCAAAAAAAAUUAAGAAGUUGACUUUAAAUUCCUUUUGUCAACAGUUUAGACAUAAUUGUAUUGUGUUUGUUGAAAGCAAUAAUAUUAAGUUGAAAGGAAAAAUAUCAACCGACCUACAAUUACGUACAAGUCAAUUUAUUUAAUUAAAUUCAACUUUGAGUGUAGUCAUCACAAAUGUUGAGUUCCAUAGCCAUAUUUUGGGAAUACAUAUUCUGUUUUACAAUAUAACUUUUAAGAUGAGUCAGUGUUUUAUGAGCGGGACUUUCAUGUUUUCCCAGCAGGAAUGGGCUUCCAUAUCUCUGUUUAGUCUGAGAUGUUUUCUUGUAGUCUGUUAUGAAACAUGUAUUCAGAUAGUGAGUAGAUCAAGCACAUGGAAGCGCAUUUUAGAAAAGCAUGCAAUGAGCUUUUUUCUAUGGCGGGGGGGGGGGUCACUAUUUUAAACUGUUAUUGGAGGCUCCUGCUCUGCAUGUCUUACAGCAGCAGAUGGGUCCGCUUAAAGCAAUAGAGCACACGGGAAGACUGAUGCUGUCACGCUGUGUGUGUGUGGGGGUGGGGGUGGGUGUGGGUGAGGAUGCGAUCGGUAAAAAAUAAUGUUGGAUUGGUGUGUGUGUUUUUCUACAAGUGAUGCGCCAAUGUGUGUAUGCUCUGCUCAUGUGAUCUGAGAGACUGAAGUGAGGGAUUAUGGGAAGCUGGGUGAACAUUAUUUAAACCACUUUUAGCGCGUGGCUGUUGUAUUGUUUUCUGCUAUUUGACAAUGAAUUACUCUGCACUUAC